AGCACCGCAGCUCUGAGAGUGAUGCUUAUGAUCCCGUAAGCCACGAUGAGAGGGCGGCUCCUGUUUGUGCUCUGGUGCUCCAACAUCCUGGCAGUGGCCCACAGCAUCACAGGUGGAGCGAAUUCAUGUGUUAGCGACUACAUCACAAACAUAACCUGUGCGUGGAACAUCAGCGAUGGUCUGGUGGUCAGGUCCAACAACUACAGCCUGAAGUUCAUUGAUGAUAAAAGGACCGAAUUUUCCUGUCCACUCAUGGCGACUGAUCAGGGCUUUCUCUGUAGCUGUAUAGUUUUUACAGAUUCAAAUCUUGGGGACUUGGAUAAAUAUAGCAUUAAGCUUUGUAAUGAAUCUGCCUGCCAAGCUUUCCUGGAUGACUUCAAACCAGUCAAUAACAUCAAGCUGACCCCGCCGCCUGAACUCGAGCUCCAACAAUCAACAGACUCCAUCAACAUUACUUGUAAAAGUGAACGGUAUAAAUCACAUAUGUUCUUGUCAGAUUUCGACUAUGAACUUUUGCUUCAAGAAUCUAACGGCAGCUGGAUCAGAACUUUUCGCCUCAGCUCAUCCAGAAAUGUUGAAACAAUUCCUACAAAACACUUAAAACCAAACACGGAGUACUGUAUCAAAGCCAGAUUUAAGCCCCUGGAGAACACAUACAGGGGUUCUACCUGGAGUGAAUGGAGUAAAUCUACAUGUUGGACAAAUGCACAAAAAGAAGAACGAGAAGAUAUUGUACUUUUUUUACUCAAAUCUCUGGGCCCUGUGUGUUUAAUUGUUGGAAUCCUCCUGUUUGUAUUCUACAACCCUGCUACAAGAAUGAAGAUAAAAACUCUGGCCCUUACACCAACACCAGCACCUUUCUUUAAGCCUCUGUUUCAGGAACAUGAAGGAAAUCUCCAGGAAUGGCUUUCACCUCACCACAAGCAUGUCCUGACGUACAAAACUGAGGAGGACCUGAUAGCCAAUGCUGUGACUAUUGUGCCAAAAGCCAGCCCAAAAGAUUUAGAGGAGAACCAAGUCUUCCUUACCACUCCUGCAAUACAACUGACCUUCCCCCCGAGUCUCACCUCCUAUGUUGGCUUACCAGGGAUGGACAAGCCUCCUAUCCCGGGGGUCUGUCCAGGAGAAACUCCAUACACUCAGCUCCCCUUCUCCAUAUGGGGUUUCAGCAUCCAGGAAGUAGAGGUUGUUUCCUCUGAACCAAAUGAUUUCCUAGAGAUCAGCCAUUCUGAUUCUGGUUGCAACUGCGAGGACCUGACCCAGAGCCCGCAGUGCAGUUUACCAUGCAGUCCAGUCAGUGAGAUCCCGACACCCAGUCACCGUAGCGAUUACUGCAUCCUAAAUAAGACAGCCGAGGGAGUUGUUCCUGUCUUACUGUCCAAAGAUCAUGCCAGAGAUGUUCUGUCCGGUUCCCUGAAGUCAGAGGGCUGAGAAAUUGUUCUGUUUGUUCAUUUAGAGGGAAAUGGUUUUCAUCUGCACUGCGCAUUGGCUCAAUGCAUAUAAACAAACCUGCCAUGUUUUUUGUCGCUGGUGAAAUGUAUCAGUCGAAGCCCUCAAAUCAGAGGCUGAAUUACUUUAACUAAUUAAAGCAAAAUUACUUUCUGUUUGUCGUAGACCUGCAGGGUAUCUGUGAACUAUCUGGGUUGUAUGCAACCUUUUCCUGGGGCACAAAACAGGGAAACCCUUUAUGCACAUGUUGAAGCCUCUGUGAUACAAGUUAUUUAUAAGAAUGUUUGAACAUUUGUAGGUUCGGCGCUGGGCAAAGGAUUGCUUUUGUUUCUGCAUUUUUUUUAAUUCAACUCAAGAUAAACCAUUUAAAGGAUAAAAAGCUUUCCCCAAUAUAAUAAGAGCUUAUAGUCAACAACAGCCCUAGGAUUGUUUUGAUGUUUUGUGAUGCAUUAUUUUCAGUAUCUUUCCGCCACUGUUAUAUUUUUGUAACGUUUAUUUGUGCCAUUCAGUGCAAUUGUUGGGUUUACACUGACCCCAUUUAAGUUUCAAUUUCAUGUCAGCCAGUCCCAUGUCAGUCAGAGAAGUCUCAACAACACAGAUAAAGAAAGGUGUUGGAAUUUUUCUCUGUUUUAUAUUUGAUAUAAAAAGGCUGAGAUAAGAUGAUGUACUAAAAAAUCUCUGGUGCUUCAUGUUUAACUUUUAAAUUCAGAGAGAAAAUAGUUUCUGACUCAUCUUUUUUUCCAUGAAUUUAUUUGCACAGAUUCCUGGUCUUCUUAAAAACGGGGGAUGUAGUAGUUGAAUUAUGCCUCACUUAAUUUCAAUAAGGGACUUUAAACUUUGAACUGCAAAGCAUCACUGAAAAU